AUCUCAGCAGCAUGUUUUGAAAAGGGGCGGGUGUACGGAACGGAAGUAGUUACACUACUCUAGAACAUUACACUUCCGGUUGAAAUAAAACAUUUGUGCAGCGCCGUUGAAGCGAACUGGCAGCCGACAGUGUGACGUUAUGUGGACAUGACUCCGACGAAACAGGAAGACAUGUCUACUCUCAUCGACAGGACGAUGAGGAUGAGGAGGGAGGAGCAGGCGCGCCAGGUGGUCCUCGCCUGGGCAGUCCUCAAUGUGUCGCUAGCUGGCAUGAUCUGCACUGAGAUGUCAGGAAAACUGCUGAGCCUGUACUUCAACAUCUCUUAUUGGCCUAUCUGGUACAUAGAGCUGGCCUUUGCCUCAGUCUUCAGCCUCAACGCCCUGUUUGACUUCUGGAAGUACUUCAAGUACACCAUGGCCCCCUCCACCAUCGCUGUUACCCCUGACCAGCACCGCCUUCUUGGCCUCAGAAACUCAGGUAUCCAGGCGUCACCCCCGCUGAAGCAAGAGAAGCAGGAGGCUCAAGCCCCGGCUCAGUCGUCGCCCCUCCAGGGUCAGAGCGUGCUCAGCUUCAGUCCCUCCAGGCCGGCCAGCACCAGCCCCAAGUUUUCCCCCAGCUGUGUUCCUGGAUACAGCCCCCUUUUGAGCAGCCCGUCCACCCCGGGCAGCGGGGGACACUUCUCCCCCUCCCUGGCCUUUGGAAAGUUGAACUACAGCCCCCCCUCAUCCUACCCCAGCAGCAUUGGCCCAGUGGAUGGCACCAGCCUGAGGGCACGCUACCGCACCUCUCCCUCCGUGUUCAACUCCCCCGGGGGCAAGGAGGACUACAUGGAGUCCCUGAAGACCCUGGACAGGUUCCUCCGCACCGAGGAGGAGAAGAGCCACCGCAGUCAGUUAGGGAGCCCAGAGUCGGUGUCGCCCUCCCACAGCCCCACAUUCUGGAACUAUAGCCGCUCGGUGGGGGACUACGCCCAGAGCCUGAGGAAGUUCCAGUACCAGCCGGCCUGCCGCUCCCAGGCCCCCUCAGCCAGCAAGGACGAGACGGACCUGGGCUCCAAACAGGCUGCUGAGGAGGUUUGGGCCAGAAUCACAACCAGUCGUCUCGUGGUGGACAGCAUAGACAGCUGGAUGGCCAAGCUCAGAAAUUGGAUAAAUGACACCAUUCUAGUGCCACUGGUGAAGGAGAUGGACUCAGUGAAUGGCCAGCUAAGGAGAAUGGGCUGCUCUGAACUCCAGAUCGGAGAAGCCAGUAUAGCCAGCCUAAAACAGGCUGCUGUUUUGAAGGCCUCAGUCAUCCCCACCAUGCCUGCUAUUGUGCAGUACCUGGACAUCACCCCUAACCAAGAGUAUCUAGUGGAGAGAAUCCGAGAACUGGCCCAUAGUGGCUGCAUGAGUUCUUUCCGCUGGAACAGGGGCGGGGAUCUCAAAGCCAGGAAGUGGGACACAGACCUCCCUUCAGACUGUGCUAUCCUCAUGCAUGUGCUGUGCACAUACCUGGACUCCCGACUCCCGCCGCACCCUAAGUACCCCGACGGCAAGACCUUCACCUCGCAGCAUUUCACCCAGACGCCAGACAAACCUGACGUGACGAAUGAAAGCCUCUUCUGCAUUCACCAAAGUAGCACCAAUCCCCCGCACUACCAACUAAUCUACCAGGGCAAUGUCUACAGCCUGCCCAAGGGAAGGAACAACCUGUUCCACACUGUUCUCAUGUUCCUCUUCGUCAUCAAAACCAAGGAGUCUGGGAUGCUGGGGAGAGUAAAUCUGGGCCUAUCAGGCGUGAACAUCCUGUGGAUAUUUGGGGACUGAUGCAAUCUUUCUCUAUUCUUGAGCAUUUCACAGCAGAAUGUCACAGAGGACUUUAGAGGGCAGAUACUUCCUCAAAUAUUUUGUCACCUCAAGGUUUGAUUGUGAAACAAUAAAUCGUAGCUUCUGAUAAGACUAUUCUGUAGAUGUUAGUUACCAUAACUGUCCUCAGAUUCAGGUUAAUAAGGAAGCACUUACGAGAGUAACAUUUUGUUGUACAUUUGUUCAGUCAUUUUCUCCGUUUUAUUUAAUUUGAAAGUAGUUAUUGUCAUUUGUGACAUUUUAAAAUCAAAUUAUUACAAAGACCAUUUACGUUUAGUUUGAUAUUAUGGUGCAUCAAAAACAACUGUACUGUAUUUUAACUCGGCAUCCACAAUUGACUCAAUUUUGUAAGUAUUUUGCGAAUGUAUCAGAAUAGCGUCCUUGUAAAUAGUAUAUCACAGGUUUGUCUGGUUGCAUUGGAUUAAACCCUCCUGGCUUGAAUGUAUGUUAUUGUGUUUUCCUUUUUGUAUGAAUUGUUUGUGAGAGCUUGAAUAUUGCAGCUAGAAUGCUUGAGUUCUUCCUUUUUGUUGAGUGACAGGCUUUGGAGUGGUAGUAAUGUUACAUUUAACAUUUUAACAUUUUUGUCAUUUAGCAGACACUCUUAUCCAGAGCGACUUACAGCAUAAGAAAGCAUGGCUUUGUUUACUAGGGCUGCAGUUACUUGCAUUGGCAUGCACAUUAUGUCUAUUCUAACUAGAAGUUUGUUCCACAAUUCAAGAUAGAUAGAUACAAAGACAUGGCCUCCUGUAGCUCAGUUGGUAGAGCAUGGCGCUUGCAAUGCCAGGGAUGUGGGUUCGAUUCCCACGGGGGGC